GAGCACUCGGACACGACUGUUUUCAUGCCUCAUGGUAGGCUUGGAGGCCUUUCGGAAUAUUUUGACUGUAUUCCCCAUUAUUUAUUCCGCACCUCUUCACCUCGAUCUAGCGGCACCACUACCAAGACUUUUAUCGCAUCGGCUGCGGUAAAGCAUCACUUAGAUCAGAGUGAUAUCUUAGGUCGAUACUGGGAAGAAGCUGUCGAGAUGCUUAAGAGUCAUUUGUUAUGGCAGAAUCAUACGGACGAUAACUUGAUGUCAUGGACGAACUCGUUUCUCUUUGCGGCCCAACAUGCUAUACGUCGAGAGGCAACUGAUCGGCCAGCUUCCACACCAGAGUCAAUAUACAUUUCAAUUCUGGAUACUCGAAAAGUCCCUCGAGGAACAUUCCUACCCGCUGUCGCUUUACUUCAAGCGUACAACAUCGAAAGUACGGGCAAAUUACGACACGAUUACUACUACGGCGAAUAUGUGUCACAGGGCAGGCUAUCCAGUGACACGAUUAUAACUACUACGCUGGACAAGUUAAUUGCGUAUGGUUUGUACAGGUUAUAUCCUCCAUUUGCCGAAGUUUCGGAGAGAAGCCGGCUCUGCCUCCGUGUUCUUCAGCUCCGCGAAACAUUUACGGAUACACCAAAAGAACCAACUAAUGAAGAAAUUAAGAUUGCAGAGACGAUUUCCGUCGGCUGUUUUCUCCAUAUUGACAUUCGUCCUGUAAUUAUGAUGACCCUGUUGUCCCUUAAACCUCGAUACCGCUUGGAGCCUAGGAUUCUGGAGGCCUUCAAGGACAAUUGCUGGGGUAAGAAGCGGCAAUUUACCGACAUGAUGCAUGACGUCCACGCUCAUACACAACGCGAAAGACAAAUCGAGCGUGCCACUCGUGAUGCAGCCAAACCACCGAAGGAAAUCUUUGACCUUACGAAUUUCCUGGAUCAGUUACAUCUGACGCGCGAUCGAUUCGACGCAGAUCAAUCUGGUUCCAAUACCUCAAUUAUGUCGGAGCGAGUAGAUGAUGAAGAGACGUACCAGAAGGAUAUGCAGGAUGUCAAUACUGGUAUCACAAUUAAGAAGAUCCUACCACCUUCUCCAAAGACAAUGAUGAUUGAGAUGAUGGAAGAGGAAGAAGAGGAACAGCAAAGAGCUUUAGACCAAAUCGAAGAUUGCUAUGAAGAGACCAGACCUUGGUUAGUUAACCCUGUUGGUACGUACAACUGCUUACUAUGGCAGUCCCGAAUGUGCCGGGCGUAUUAG